AUUCAAUAUCGAGGUCUAUGAGAUAUCGAUCCGGUAGAAUGGAAAAGCCUCUUUUUCUUAUCCACCAUUGAGGAUGAUGAAUCAAUUAUGAACCCUGCAGGUGCGAGGGGAGAGCUUCGAUCAAACUAUGUACCACUUCAUGAUGUCAUACUUCAUCAUCUCCCAUUAUAUGGCAUCACAGUUAUGGCGAAUGCGGAACUUUCUAAGCAGCCACCCGAUGUUUUCCAGUCUUAAAAGCUUACCUCAAGUAUCUACUUUCCUACCUAUGUAAUUCACCUUUGAACCAUUCAGAAGCAAUAAAUAGAACGAAUCACCACCCAGCUGUUCAAAAUGGUAGCUAUUCGAGUAAGCAACUCUAUGAACGCUCUACGAGCUGCUCGCACUCGCGCACCGCAAACCUACCGCACAUUCGCCACCAGCUCUCGCUACUACGCACAAGGCUAUGGUGACGGAACAGGAAACCCCGUUCAAGAUGACCCCAAGAGCCAACCUGCUACGAGCGACCUACAGCAAGAGUCCGAGCACCCGGGUCCCAGUGCCCCCGACGUAGGCAAGAAAGCGAACAGCGCGACCAAAGCCGGGCUAAACGCGAGCAUGGAGAACGCCGCAGCCCAGGAGUCGGGGCAGAAACCUCCCAAGUCCCCCGAGGACUCUAGCGCGCAGUCGGGCGGCUCGCGAUCUAAGGAAGCUACGGAAACGGGAGGUAGUCCCACAGGAGGCAGCAUCGCCAAUGCGGCGAGCCAGAAGGGAGGUGAGGCACUGAAAGGACCGCAGGGCAAAGGCACCCCCAGCCCCAAGAUCCACAACCAGGCCGUACCGGCCGUCAAGUCUGGACUGAGUGACGAGCAGAAGCAGGAAGUCGAAAGGCAUAACGCGGACUUCGAGAAGCGGCACGAUCGCGCCGCGACGGCGUCUGAGGACAAGGUUGAUCCAAAAUUCUGGAAGGGGACGUGAGUACCUGCUGUUGCUCGUUGCUGUUGCUGCGUUUGCUGUAUUAUAUCGAAAUCUGAAUUUAAUGGUUGUGUAAUUGUUACUUGCUGCGACGUUUUCAUGUAUUACAAAAUACUGACUUGUCGUGUGAACACAGCGGUGGCCGUAACCCAACGGAGGGGGUUGACUGGAAUGCGUAGAGGAGUAAUCGAUGUUGUGUCAUCGUUUUUGUUGCACUCGUUUAAGGGGUAACCUACUGUACAUAUUUCUAUCAUUGUCAAAUCAUUGUAUCCAAACAGGCUGCCAUGAUUCAUUGCUAGACCGGAACUGUAUAAAAAUGUGUUAGUCA